UGAAAUACGUAGUUACUCUGUGCCCCUGACUCGGGGCUUCUAGCGCUCUGUAACUUCCCGAGUGAUAGGAAGGACAGGAGCAUCUUUCGUUUUAUAUACAUUUUGUUAUAAUAGGUGAUCUCAGUCCCCAGUUCCUAACACAGAGCUUCUAAGAAUGUCCUUUUAUAUGUUAGUGACUGGUGGCUGGAAGCUCCUAGGUAACCAGAGAAACCAACCACACGCUUAGAGAAUUGUAACUUUCAGGAGGGACUGAAGAUUGAGCUCAAUCACAAAUGGCCAAUGAUCUCAAAUUGACCUCCAUAAAAACGCUAAAUGAUGGGGUUCAAGGAGCUUCCAGGUUGGUGACCAUAUCCAGUUGCUGGGAGGGUGGCAUGCUCCACCUCCACAGGGACAGAAGCUCCUGCUCUAGAGACCCUUCUGGACCUCACCCCAGGUAAGACAGAAAGCAAAGAUGCUUUCUACUUCGCCGGGAUGUUUCGCAUCACCAACAUUGAAUUUCUGCCGGAAUACCGACAAAAGCAGUCCAGGGAAUUUCUUUCCGUGGCACGCACUGUGCAGCAAGUGAUAAACCUGGUUUACACAACAUCUGCUUUCUCCAGAUUUUAUGAGCAGUGUGUUGUUGCAGAUGUCAGCAGCAACAACAAGGGUGGCCUCCUCGUCCACUUUUGGAUUGUGUUUGUCAUGCCACGUGCCAAAGGCCACAUCUUCUGUGAAGACUGUGUGGCCGCCGUCUUGAAGGAUUCCAUCCAGACAAGCAUCAUAAAUCGGACCUCUGUGGGGAGCUUGCUGGGCCUGGCUGUGGACAUGGACUCUGUGGUGCUAAACGCUGGGCUCCGGUCGGAUUACUCGUCAACCAUCGGAUCUGACGAAGGCUGCUCUCAGGACUUCUACGCAGAGCAUCUGUCUCUCCACUACCCCCUGGAGAUUUCUUCAACCUCGGGGAGGCUGAUGUGUCACUUCAAGCUGGUGGCCAUAAUGGGCUACCUGAUUCGUCUGUCAAUCAAGUCCAUUCAAAUCGAAGCCGACAACUGUGUCACUGACUCCCUGACCAUUUAUGACUCCCUGUUGCCCAUCCGGAGCAGCGUCCUGUACAGAAUUUGUGAGCCCACAAGAACAUUAAUGUCGUUUGUUUCUACAAAUAAUCUCAUGUUGGUGACAUUUAAGUCUCCUCAUAUUCGGAGGCUGUCAGGAAUCCGGGCAUAUUUUGAGGUCAUUCCGAAACAAAGGUGUGAAAACACAGUGUUCGUGAAAGAAAUAACCGGCUUUGAAGGGAAGAUUUCAAGUCCGUAUUACCCGAGUUACUACCCUCCAAAAUGCAAGUGCACCUGGAAAUUUCAGACUUCUCUAUCAACACUUGGCAUAGCACUGAAAUUCCAUAACUAUUCAAUCACCAAGAAGAAUAUGAAAGGCUGUGAGCAUGGAUGGUGGGAAAUUAAUGAGCACAUGUACUGUGGCUCCUACAUGGAUCAUCAGACAAUCUUUCGAGUGCCCAGCCCUCUGGUCCACAUUCAGCUCCAGUGCAGCUCGAGGCUUUCGGACAAGCCGCUUUUGGUAGAAUACGGCAGUUACAACAUCAGUCAACCCUGCCCUGUUGGAUCUUUCAGAUGCUCCUCCGGCUUAUGUGUCCCGCAGGCCCAGCGUUGCGAUGGAGAAAACGACUGCUUUGACGAAAGUGAUGAACUGUUUUGCGUGAGCCCUCAACCUACCUGCAAUACCAGCUCCUUCCGGCAGCAUGGCCCUCUCAUCUGUGAUGGCUUCAGGGACUGUGAGAAUGGCCAGGAUGAGCAAAACUGCACUCAAAGUAUUCCAUGCAACAACAGAACUUUUAAGUGUGGCAAUGAUGUUUGCUUUAGGAAACAAAAUGCAAAAUGUGAUGGAACAGUGGACUGCCCAGAUGGAAGUGACGAGGAGGGCUGCACCUGCAGCAGGAGUUCCUCUACCCUUCACCGCAUCGUCGGGGGCACAGACACCCUGGAGGGGGGUUGGCCGUGGCAGGUCAGCCUCCACUUUGUUGGAUCUGCCUACUGUGGUGCCUCGGUCAUCUCCAGGGAGUGGCUUCUUUCUGCAGCCCACUGUUUUCAUGGAAACAGGCUGUCGGAUCCCACACCAUGGACUGCACACCUUGGGAUGUAUGUUCAGGGGAAUGCCAAGUUUGUCUCCCCGGUGAGAAGAAUUGUGGUCCACGAGUACUACAACAGUCAGACUUUCGAUUAUGAUAUUGCUUUGCUACAGCUCAGUGUUGCCUGGCCUGAGACCUUGAAACAGCUCAUUCAGCCAAUAUGCAUUCCUCCUGCUGGCCAGAGAGUUCGCAGUGGGGAGAAGUGCUGGGUAACUGGCUGGGGGCGAAGGCAUGAAGCAGAUAAUAAGGGCUCCCUUGUUCUGCAGCAAGCAGAGGUGGAGCUCAUCGAUCAAACGCUCUGUGUUUCCACCUACGGGAUCAUCACUUCUCGGAUGCUCUGCGCAGGCGUAAUGUCAGGCAAGAGAGACGCCUGCAAAGGAGAUUCGGGUGGACCUCUAGCUUGUCGAAGAAACAGUGAUGGAAAAUGGAUUUUGACUGGCAUUGUUAGCUGGGGACAUGGAUGUGGACGACCAAAUUUUCCUGGGGUUUACACACGGGUAUCAAACUUUGUUCCCUGGAUUCAUAAAUAUGUCCCUUCUCUUUUGUAAUUUUACCAGUUGGAUUUUUACUUGAUUCAUGUUAAAAAUAGAUACUUUAAACUGAUGCAAUAAUUAUUAAUAAAAUGAGUCCCUUUUUU